GCCUGCGCCCAGUGGAGGCAGCGCCCGCCCGCCGCGCUCGGGCCUCGGCCCCGCCGGCCCUCCUGGGGCGCCGCGGUCACACAGUCCGGCUCCGAAGUUGCGGCCCCCGGCCCAGGUCACUCCCCCAGGCGCACGCGGCGGCGGCGGCCCGGGCUCACCAUGGUGGCAGCGCGCUCCGAGUGCCCGCGCGUCGCCGGCCGCCGGAGCCGCAGCGCCGGCUGAGAGCUGUCCACCGAAGCCCCCAACUCCUGCCCGUCCCUCGCCCGGCCCGCGCGUCCCCUCCGCCCGCCGCUGUCUAUGGCGCAGCCCCCCUCCCUGGAUCAUGCACAGAAACUUUCGCAAGUGGAUUUUCUACGUGUUUCUCUGCUUUGGCGUUCUCUACGUGAAGCUCGGAGCGCUGUCAUCCGUCGUGGCCCUGGGAGCCAACAUCAUCUGCAACAAGAUCCCUGGCUUGGCCCCGCGGCAGCGUGCCAUCUGCCAGAGCCGGCCCGAUGCCAUCAUCGUGAUUGGGGAGGGGGCGCAGAUGGGCAUCAACGAGUGCCAGUACCAGUUCCGCUUCGGACGCUGGAACUGCUCCGCCCUCGGCGAGAAGACUGUCUUCGGGCAAGAGCUCCGAGUAGGGAGCCGUGAGGCCGCCUUCACAUACGCCAUCACCGCAGCCGGCGUGGCUCACGCCGUCACCGCCGCCUGCAGCCAGGGCAACCUGAGCAACUGCGGGUGCGACCGCGAGAAGCAGGGCUACUACAACCAGGCCGAAGGCUGGAAGUGGGGCGGCUGCUCCGCCGACGUGCGCUACGGCAUCGACUUCUCCCGGCGCUUCGUGGACGCCCGCGAGAUCAAGAAGAACGCGAGGCGCCUCAUGAACCUGCACAACAAUGAGGCGGGCAGGAAGGUCCUGGAGGAGCGCAUGAAGCUGGAGUGCAAGUGCCACGGCGUGUCCGGCUCGUGCACCACCAAGACGUGCUGGACCACGCUGCCCAAGUUCCGCGAGGUGGGCCACCUGCUCAAGGAGAAGUACAACGUGGCGGUGCAGGUGGAGGUGGUGCGGGCCAGCCGCCUGCGGCAGCCCACCUUCCUGCGCAUCAAGCAGCUGCGCAGCUACCAGAAGCCCAUGGAGACGGACCUGGUGUACAUCGAGAAGUCGCCCAACUACUGCGAGGAGGACGCGGCCACGGGCAGCGUGGGCACCCAGGGCCGCCUGUGCAACCGCACCUCGCCCGGCGCGGAUGGCUGCGACACCAUGUGCUGCGGCCGCGGCUACAACACCCACCAGUACACCAAGGUCUGGCAGUGCAACUGCAAGUUCCACUGGUGCUGCUUCGUCAAGUGCAACACGUGCAGCGAGCGCACCGAGGUCUUCACCUGCAAGUGAGCGGCUCCUCCCCGCCCCGCGGCCCCGCCCCCCGCCCCGCGGCCCCGCCCCGCGGCCCCGCCCGCCGUGUUUUGCACUUGUGCUCCCGGCCGGGCCCGCGGGCAGAGGUGGGUGGAGAAGGUGGGAGCUCCGCGGGCGGGCGGGCGCGGCAGAGCUCCCCCGGGGCCGGUCACCCUGUCCUUGCCCCCCAGGGGCUCCCUCCUGCCAUUCCUGUCCCCUCCCGUGGCAGAACAGUGCCCAUCACCUGGCCCAGAGGGUGAGGCCCAUGGCAUGAGUGUCCCCGAGGGGCCCAGUGAAUUUUUUUUCUUUUCUCCGGGAGAGUGAACCCCAAGGACACCCACAUACCCCGGAAAGCAAAGCGACAAGACUCUGAGUGUCCUCCGCCGCCUGGUGGUAUGGACACGGAAAGACUGUCCCAGGCCGCCUCAGUCACUGGGCUCCAGGGUGGUUUGGGCAAAUGUUGACAAAAAUUAUUUAUGUUUUCUUAGUAUCAGAAGAGGAUUUUAGCACUAAGGCAUAGCCGGUCCUAACUCCAUACUCCGUGUUAGCUCAUCCCCUUGCUGCCCUCUGCUUCCUCUUCUGGCCCCUGGGUACCCUCGGGAGCAUCCCUGUGUAUGGCCCUGUCCCUGGGGAGGUGGCGGUGCAUGUGGUCCCCAUGUGAGCUGGGCAGGGGCUUGGUGGCUGACAUGGCCAAGACGGCCUCUGAGCAGAGCCACGGACAGGAACCUCUGGCCCUUUCUUUCCUUCUUUUGAAAAUCAGCUCUAGCACAUCGAAAUGUCACCCACGUCAGGUUCCAGGAGUGCUGCAUCCCCUCCCUAAUGCUGUUGCUCUUCUGGUCCCCCGCCAGCCUGACACCCCCUAGUUUACAGAGCCCCCUCCCACCCUGGAACCAGCCAGACCCCCAGGACAGCGCUGUGCCGGGGCAAGCUGGUGGGAAGGGGGAUAGUUCAGGGGUGUUUGCCUUAUUUGACAGAUGGGGACACUGAGGCCCAGAAUGGCUCAAGCACUAGCCAGAGACCCCAAGGCCAUGAGUGGAGGCUCUCGCCUUGGCUCAGGCCUCCUCACCCUGAAGGACGCGUUCUGGGGAUGCCCAGGGUGAGGGGCAGCCCCCAUGCCUUGAAAAAUCUGGCCGUGCUCUUCCCCCCGCUGCCAGCCUCACCGGGGUCCACGCCCCGCCUCGAGGUGCCUUUGAGAGUUUCUCCUGUGGUCUUCUUGCCCGGUCCUUGUCCUUUCGCCCUGGCCCCGAUGCUGAGAAAACUCGGAUAGGGCGUUGCUCCGCUGGGUUCCCACCUGCUGUGCCAGCAGAUGCCUGCCCUCCAGACAUUCCCCCGUGGUCCCCAUACCACGCAGACCCUCCCUUGAGGUCCGAAUCACCCCGAAACCUGGGAGACGGGCAUGGAAAGGGGUCCUGCUUGGUUUUAAACUGUGUGUGGGGUAGGGAGAGAUUGGGGGCCAGGGACUUGGCACUGGACGUGUCCUCUGGCAAUAUUCCCACCCACCUUGGGGAGACUGAGGCACAACUUGUCCGGGCCCAGAAAGGCUGGUGUGCACCUGCUUCUGGCGCACCACUGCCCAUACACUUGUCCCUGCUCUGAAUUUAGGGUGUUUUCUCGCAGAAACCCGUGGAAAUGUGUCUUCAGGCUACUGACCAGCCAAGUGGGCCGGACAUUAGCCUGGGGUGAGUGACCCUGGGCCCUGGCCCUGGCGUCCACCCUGCCUGCCCCGAUGAUGCCAGGACGCUCCACCAACAGCGGCUGUCCUGAGAGCUUCCAGGCCACUGUGAAUGCCCCCCAGUCCCCUUCCCCCCCCAUCCUGGGUCCCAGGACACCCCCGAGUCCACAGGCCUAGCAUCUUCUGCCAAGGAACCUGGUUAACUUAUAUUGUUAUAUAGCGUCGAAAUGUCUAUAGUGUCUUUUAAAUUAUUGUGACCUACACUGGGUACUGGGGGGCAGGGGGGAUGGCCGCGCUGUCCCCAAGCCAGGCUCCUCCUUCUGCUUGAAACAGACCCUUGGACCCUUGGGGCCCCUGAUGCCACCAAGUCAUGCGCACUGUCCCUCGGCUACGAGGUGCUGCCACCGAGACCCCGCCGUCCCCUAGCAGUCUGUCAGCAGCAACCCUUCCCUUGGGUGGGGGUGGGGUGUCAGCGUGGCCCAGGCAGGGACGGUGGUGGCCGAGGUGCUGCGUGUCUCCGCAGUGCCCUCACUUCAGGAGAGCCACCGGGGUUCUGAUGGGCUGUGUCUGGCCUCCCCGAGAGGGGAGCGCUCGGCUCCAAUAAAGCUGGAAUCAGAGAA